CCAGCGCGGCAGCACGGGCACUCCGAUCGUUGGAAUAUUUGUGCUUUAACCGGUAACUACUGGAUGUGGCAUUGGUCUGUCUCGACAAUCUGAAUCUGAUCUGUGAGUUUGGAUGUAACAGCGAUUUUUGUAUUGCUCCACACAUUCCCAAAUGACUGAGGGAGGAAUCAACGGGAGACUUUGUUCUCCGUCCCGCGCCUCUUAUACGGCGACCGUCGGGUAAAGUUUGAACGACCGGAAUGAUGGUUCACCUUCCUUGAGGGUCGCAAAAUUGUUCAUUAAUUUACGUCGACGAGGAAAACACGUCUUCUUCAAUCCAACGAGGACCUCUUUCUGGAAUUACUUGUUUACUGGAUUUAUUCGUAAAACAUGAAGAGUUUUAUUGUUGAGGGUGGUCACCUCCUCUGCUUAGUGUUAUGGCUUAACCUGAUGCCAGUGAUGAACGGCUGCCCGGCGAAGUGUGUGUGCUACAGUGAGCCAAAGCUAACGGUGGCCUGUCAACAGCAAGGUCUGUUCUCCAUUCCCACCGAAAUUCCCGUCCGUAGCCAGCGAAUAUUCCUCCAGAGCAACAAACUGACAGUGCUCCGAUCGACCAGCUUUAGUUCUGUGCAUAAUCUUACUGUCCUGUGGAUGUACUCAAAUAAUAUCAGCCAUAUUGAGGCGGGAGCAUUCUAUGGUUUGGAAAGACUGGAGGAAUUAGAUAUCGGUGACAACAGCAACCUUCGUAUCAUAAGUCCCACCGCGUUUCGGGGUCUGACCAAGCUGCACACCCUUCACCUGCACAGGUGCGGGCUGUCCGAGCUCCCAGUUGGAGUUUUCCGAGGACUGUUCUCGCUUCAGUAUCUCUACCUGCAGGAUAAUAACCUUCUAGCCUUGCACGAAGACACUUUCCUGGACCUGGCUAACCUAACCUACCUUUUCUUACACAACAACAAGAUCAAGGUGGUGACCGACCACAUGUUGCGUGGUCUGAUCAACCUUGACCGUCUGCUCCUACAUCAGAACCGCAUCAUACACGUGCAACAGCGUGCUUUUAAUGAUCUUGGCAAGCUGACCACGUUGUUUCUCUUUUACAACAACCUCACAAUGUUGACGGGGGAGACCAUGAACCCUCUGGUUUCCCUCCAGUUCCUAAGGCUCAACGGAAACCAAUGGAUUUGUGACUGCCGAGCCAAGCCAUUGUGGGACUGGUUCAAACAAUUCAAAGGGUCCAGCUCAGAGCUGGAAUGCCACCUUCCAACUACUCUGAAUGGGAAGGACCUGAAACGACUUAAAAGUGAUGACUUGGAGGGAUGUGUAGACGCUUCCUCGGAGGCUCAAACGAGCAUCUUCAACACCAAGGCACAUUCUGGAAAGUUCCUCUCACUGGAUGACCCUCUUAUUGAAAGCAUUCCUAGGUGCUGUCUUUCAGAUAAUGACAAAUCUUUCAUCAUCUCUAGUAAGUCACUCCCUGAUCCCUCAUCCUACAAUAGUCGUCAGAUCACCAACAACCCCCUGAAAGAGAAGGAGAACAUUUCCAAGACUAAGUACCGGGAGGUUGAUAGAGUAAAAAAUGACACCCGUAAUAAACAAAGUCUCAAUGAUGGUCCUUUGGGAACCUUGUCCAACAACCUUGACCAAUCCCUGGACAAAAUCAACCCAGAGCUUCUGGACAAUCUGGAACCUUCUACAGCGCCCUCUAGAAAGAAAACAAAGUGCUCCAAAAAGCCCAAAUCAGACCAGUCAUGUCUAAAGGGUCACGGAUCCACCAUUCAAGCACUGGGCCUUCUGUUUUUCCCCCUGUUCUGGUUGUCCCUUGCCUUGUCCUAGUUCAUACACUCAUCCAUCAGUUUGCUCUUGACAAUGACACUGAGAAUACCUGCAGUAGCCUAUGUGGACUGGCAAAGACAAUGAAAAGGGGGUUACGACAUUGCCCCGCAUGGUUGAGAAUGAAUAAGUUACAAUGCUAUAGACGCAUUAAAAGAAAUGGAUGCCUUUACAAAAUAAAUGAGAUCUAAUGUAUAUACAACUUGGUGCCCAAAUGUUUGUUCUACUGUAUGUACUUUAAAUGUGCUGUGUUUAAGAAACACUGCGGAGAGUUCCCUAUUCACAUCACCUCAAAAAAAGCUUCAACCGUUCAGAAAGUGACUAUUGUAGAUUAACCACAAAAAAAAAUAAAAAAUCCUGAAAACAUGACUAAAUGAGGAUGACGAAAGCACCCAGGAAUGUUGCAGAUGGGAAACCAAGGGGAGUGACAUGAUUUUGUUCCCGAUAAUUUUUUUUCUUUAAAAGUUGAUACCUGUGAUCUAUGCUGUUUUCUAUGUUUUUCAGUAUUUCAGUAAAGACAUAUGGUUAUCUCUCCCCAAAUAUCUCCUAUGUUCUGUUUUUGUCAUGACUCAGGUGGCAUUUGAUAAAGGAAUGCUGUCUAUUUGUUAACUGAAAUUGCGAUGGAAUCAUAAAAAUGCAUUUUAUUUUGCUGGUGUACGAGCAUAAAUACAGUG